AUGACUUCGGUGCAAUGGAAGCCCGGCAAUUAUUACGGAAAGGACCGCGAACCCAGAUACAUCGCUAUCUCGUACACCUGGGGCAGAUGGCGAUUGAAGGGUGCGAUGCAUCCAGACGUGAAAGGACUGGCGGUCCACGGCGUUGCCUGGGGAAAUGCCACGAGUAGACCCAGAUCACUUCACGAUGAGCGAAAUGGAGAAUGUGUUGAGAUCAACUUUGAAGCUAUCGGUUUUGACAACCCCAACAAGCCGCUCUCCCCGAUAAACUACGCCUGGCUAGAUGUUGCUUGCAUUGACCAGACUCGUAACUCAGCGGAGAUGGCGGUGGAAGUUGGCCGUCAAGCGAAGAUAUUCAAGGGAGCCACGCAGACGUUUGCGUGGUUGACAAAGCUUUCCCGCCAGGAAUACUUAACACAAGCGGAGCGACACCAGGAGCAGGCCACACCAACACGAGCUGAGGCAAAGAGCGGCAUUGAUAAGGUCCGGCGUGGCUUAGACAUCAACAGACGAGAGAUCGAACAGCUCAGUCUAGAUCCAUGGUUCUCGUCUCUCUGGACGUUGCAAGAAGCAUACCUCUGUCCCCAGGCCAUGUUCAUCACCAGACAGGGAGAGCUUUUAAGCCAGUCCGACAUUGACAACCCCGCUAAAGAUCCCAUGUUGCUGAGCUACUUCAUCGACUACUGCGACCACAUGAUGACUAUAGUGACGUCGCAUGAGAAGAAGCCACAAACCAUCGAACUAAACGACAAAUGCCUGCUAGCGUUGAAAAGUUCGAUCGAGCGCAGCGGUAUGAUCGGCCUCCGAUCAACUCUCCCGAUCACUCUGCUUGGGGCUGCCCGCCACAGGGCAACAAGUCGCGAAAAGGACCGCGUCUAUGGGAUCAUGCAGGUCUUCAACUUCCGGCUGGGAAAGGCGAGGCCGGUUUGUGACCCCAAUCUUGACCCCUCCCUCCAAGAGCUUGAGGAUGAGCUUGGCCGAGAGCUACUUACUCAAGAGCCCAUCAUGAGCCAGAUGCAUGUGUUUGAGAAUCUUCCGCAGGUUGGGAAGGGUUGGAGAAUCUCUCAAGAUUCUCAGCCCACAAGGCGCCUCCAUCUGGUCAAUCAUACCUAUGGCGAGGGCAAGUCAGUCUUUGAAGGCAUGUUGGCAAAGGCUCAGCUAUCAACCGUUGCUCUCAAUGGCGUGAAUUGGGGUCAGUUCAGCGGCAAAGCUUGCAAGUUCAGCAAGCUGGUUGAGAUUUGGGACAGCGACAAAGGAUGGGGAGGCGGAAUCAUCGACCUCGAUGGCGCGGAACAUUGGACUGCCGUUCAUGGGCCUGACCUUGCCCGUAAAGAAGCCAUUGCGUUCAGUCAACUGCACCCACACGCAGUCGUCUUACUUCUGGGCCUCGCAGAGAAGCAAGCAUCUACUAAAAGCUCGAGCAUGCCAGUAGGUCUCUUACUUAUUCCUUUCAGUAGCCAGUACGGGGUCUCGGAGAGUUUAGAUAUCUGGCGAAGAGCUGGCGUCUGUCAAUGGUGGACAAGCCACGAGCCGAAUAACGGGUCUGAGGUCGGAGGAACUUUGCAAGGAGAAUUGAGAGACUGGAUUCUCAGUGCCGGGGCUUUUGGAUAA